AGAUUCAGUUUAGUUGGCGCGUGAUGGUGGUUGGAUCCAUAACGAUUAUCAAGAAGUGCUCGUCGUAGUUUAGAGUGAUAGUUUUUGUUUUUCUUAAUAAUUUUGCACUUGCUUGUGUACUAUCCGAUUUUAAACGUUUAGCCUGUGUGUUAGUGAUUUUACAAUUUAAAAAGGUGAAACAUAAAAAUUUUCUUCAUUGUUUGUUAUAUUCGGUGUUGUAUUGUUAGUAUAUACAUAUAAUUUCUACAAGUUUCAAUUGUGAAUGUGAGGAACACUGGAAAAUCGGAAAGAUACUAAAAUAACAAGCAAAAUGCCAAGAACUUCGUCUACAACGCGCUAUGAUGACGACGAUGACCGAGUUUGGAAUUGUGGUGCUUGGUUUGAAUACAUUUUGGUGGUCGUAGUGUCCUCGAUAUUACUUAUUGCAGCCUCGGUACUGACUAUUUUUUGGGUUAUAUACUACCGCAAAGGUUUCAACAUGGAAGAUCCAAAACUGCAAUUUAACCUUCAUCCGGUCCUGAUGGUUGGUGGUUACAUCACGCUGUCCGGUUUCUCUAUUCUGCUGUAUCGUAUUUGUCGUUGCUGCUCUCACUUAAUUGUUAAACUGUGUCACACUUUUUUUCAUGCAUGUUCCAUCCCAUGCAUUGUAAUCGGAUUCCUUGCUGUUUGGGACUCCCACAAUCAGACACAACACCCCAACUUUUACUCGUUGCAUUCCUGGCUUGGCUGCAUUACCAUGGGACUAUUUGCUCUUCAGUUUGUUCUUGGAUUUUUCAGCUUCCUCAUUCUUCUUUGUUGUGAAAAUGCAACAUACAAGUUCCGGUCGACCAUGGUUCCGAUGCAUGCAAGUUUUGGUGUUGUUACUUUUAUGCUGGCAGUUGCCACAGCUGUAACCGGCUUAACACAAAAGGCUAUAUUUGAACUGGGCAAUGGAACACACUACUCCCGACGUCGUGAAUUAGCAUUGAACAAAAGAGAAAAAAUUGUCGCUGAUAGGAUUUUCCAGUUUUCAACUGUAACGAUAAUAUUUUAACUGCACAAAAGAUAGACAGAUUAAUGAAUAGGGGAAUCGGGGGCAAGUCCGACACCGUGGGUAAGCCCGACACCCCAUAACUUUUCCCAGAUAUCAAAUUUUAAAUCAUACAAUAAUAACAGGAUAUCAUUAGUACGAUUAUUUUGAGUAUUUCGCAAAAUAAACAAAAUAUGCGAAAGCAAAGUUGAUGCGCACUUGGAUGUUAUUUUUAGUUGAAACGUUUUAAGGUUUUAACAGCACAAAAGCUUUGAAAAUUACCAGUAUUUUGCCGCACAUUCUAAUCUAUUCUGCCGGAUUGUUGAUCAACAGAGUUCCGAAAAAUCAUAACACGAACCGGAUAGCUCACUACAAAAGGGUAUGUUACUUCUAAGUGAAUGAAUCUUAGUAACAUAUAUUAUUCUUAUAUAUUAUAUAUUCUUCUGGCAGAACGGAUCUUACUUCUUAGAAUGGCUACACAAGCGGUAAUAAAGCUAGAAAAGAUUAAUGGGGAAAACCAAGUGUUGAACAUUAUUUAUUCACACCACACAUUCGUAUGCUUUUCCUUAGGCUACGCGAUGAUAAUCCAGAAAGCAUGCAUUUGCAUCACACAUACUCAUAUACACAUAAUUACACUUUAUCACACAUACACAACACAUUUUUAAUGAAAAAAUUGGACAUAAAGAAAGCUAACAAGGGUAUCGCUCUUGCCACUCCGGGGUGUCGGUCUUACCCGCAGCGUUUUUAAAAUAUUGUUUUUCUCCUUUUGGCAACCAAUAAUUUUUAAUGAAUCCAAUUUUUUGAAACACUGAAAAAAUUAUAUCUUUUUUAUUCAUUUCGUUUAUU